CGGACCCUGCACUGCUGGGUAAAACCAAAAUAGAUUAAAUCAAUAUAACGUCUUGGUAUUUAGACAAAGGGCAGUGUUGCUUGAAGGACAAACUCAAACGUUUUCCUUAGUUUUUAUAUUUUUCCAAAAGCUCAAGAUUCAACAUAGGCUCUUUAGGAUCUUGACUUUUUUAUUUUUUUUGCUGAACACCAUUUCAGGUCCUGACCCACACUCUGUGAGACACGUUUGCUUUUCAUUUGUUUUAUUAUGUCUUACAUGUUUUGCAUGCAGAUAUUACUGCGCAGGUGGCGCUGUAACACCUUCCCCCACUGAUGGAGGUUCAGGGGGAGCCUGUCCAGAGGGUCACUUCUGCCCAGAGGGAACUGCCCAACCUGUACCCUGUCAUCCAGGGACAUAUGUUGCAGUGACACAUGCAUCUGUCUGUGAACCUUGUGAGCCAGGCUGGUACUGCGUGUCUGGUACUCUGUACCUGUGUCCUGCAGGUUGGUGGUUCUUCAGUGUUAGGAAAUAAAACUGAAAAAUAGUCAUUCAAAUACAGGUGAAUUAAAACAGAACACAGUGAAGCAGUAUGAGGGCUGCACUGACGAAACAAAUAAGGACCUAGGUUCAGAUGUUAUUUGUCCAAACUGACAACAUUUCUCAUAUUUUCUCAUACAUAUACGACUUUAUUCUUGUUAACUUGAAUUUUGUCCAUUCUUCCUCACAUGCAGCCCUAGUUCACCAGCAUUUAUACCAAAAUGUGACGUCACAUUUCUACAUGUUCUUGUGCGACAUGCAGGGUUUUACUGCCCCGAGGGAAGUGGCUUUGACUUGAGGAGCUGUCCAGAGGGAACCUACGGUCCAGAUCCAGGCUACUGGUCUGUCUCUCAGUGCAGGCAGUGUGACGGUGGCCAUUACUGUUCUUCCAGAAAUGGUACAGCUGUCACUGGACCAUGUCAGGCAGGGUAUUACUGUUCACAUGGAAACACUUCUCCACGGCCUGCACUACAGGAUGCAGGUAAACACAUAUAUGCAGUACUUUAUAUAUUUUCUUAACAUGCACCAAGGAUUGUAGAGUCAUCUUUGCAUCGCCACAGUCUUUAAGAUUUUUUUUUCUAUUGUAAAAAAAAAAAAGUCAAAUGACAGCUGCGUUUCUGUGUAUCAUCAGGAAACGGAGGACCGUGUCCUGUCGGUCAUUACUGCCCCCUGGCCACCAUCUAUCCUCGGCCCUGUCCACGUGGAGCAUUCUCUAACCUCACAGAAUCAAUCUCCCAGGUUGGAGCCUCUCUGGAGUUUCUUUGACAAUAAUUGAGAAAAAUAUCUGCCCUCCUUCAGAAUAACUCUACUGUUGAAUUUAAAUGACAAAGCUGGUGUUCUUGGGGGGAAGAAAAUCCAUUUUUGAUGAAGCAUGGAUGUGCCUCACUAAUCAUGAAAUUCACUCUACAUACUACAUUUGCUCUACAGUUACAUAAUGCGUUACAUAAUAAUCACCUUCAUCUGUAUAGUACUCAAUGUACAGAAUCCCUGACUGACCUCUCCACAUAUACGUAACACAGACAUAACCGUAACUGUACCUUACAAUGGUGCCUCUCUUAUCAGCUAAUGAAUAUUUAGUCCCAAACCAAUAUGUCGACGAGGCCCACUCUCUUCUUCAUUUAAUAACAGCCUCUCUGCUUUUAUCUCCCCCCCCACUCUCUCUCUCUCUCUCUCUCUCCUCCCUCCCUGCCAUUGUCUUGCUUGUUUCCUACCUCAGGAGGAUUGCCAGCCAUGUCUCCCUGGUUACUAUUGUCACACUAUGGGCCUUUCAGAGCCAUCAGGAAAAUGUUGGAAAGGUUUCUUUUGUCUGGGAGGUGCAGAUCGUCCUGAUCCCCCGUUUAGAGACAGUGGAGGAGGACCCUGCCCCAAAGGUUAUUACUGUUCUGAAGGAUCUGCGACUCCUCAGCUUUGCCCCCAGGGAACUAUCAGCACAGACGAUGGCCAAGCCAGCUGCAGAGCCUGUCCCCAGGGAUUUUAUUGUCCUGCCAGUGAUAAUGGCUCUUCAUCAGUCACUAAUGAAUGUCCAGUGGGUCAUUACUGUCCAUCCGGGACCUGGUCCAAACACCAGUACCCGUGUCCAUCUGGAUCCAUCAACCCUCACACUCAGAUGGCAACACCCCAGGACUGUCUGCCCUGCCCUCCAGGCUCCUUCUGUGCCUCCCCUGGGAUGGGAGUUGCAUCAGGCCAGUGUAAUGCAGGAUACUUUUGCAUCUCUGGCUCUUGGUCCUCCUCACCCGAAGAUGGAGGGGCGACAGGUGACCGGUGUCCUGUUGGUCAUUUCUGUCCCCAGGGCUCCUCAGUGCCACUGCCCUGUCCCUUGGGGUAUUACAGCAACACAACCAGGAAUGGUCAUGUCUCCGACUGUCUGCCGUGUCCUCCAGGUUGUGCAUAUAAGUCUGUGGUUGUGUGUUUUUAUCACUAACAGGUUUAAUAACCCAUUACCUAACUACACCCAAGAAAGGUCCAUUACCCUCUGUAAUGACUGAGGCUGUAGACUAUAAUAACUACGCUUCAUUUGUAGGUUUUCUGUGCGUCAGCAGAGGGCUCUCUUCUCCUUCUCAUAUCUGCCCAGCUGGUUCUUACUGUACAGGCAGAGACAACAGCAGCAGCCAGCAGGCUUCCAUUCCCUGCUCACCUGGAAACAUGUGCCCUGCUGGGUCAGACAGCGAGGUGCCCUGCCCCCCAGGGACGUACCAGGAUCGACCAGGACAGGUGAAGAAUGCUGUUAUACAGAUUUUUCUUCUCACUGAACUGCAUCUAAACUCAUGCUAAUCAAUAGAACCAUUGAUAUCUAACCUCAUGACUGACGUCUGAACCUCAUCUGAAGCUGAAGCUUUACUGAACAUACAGAGCUCAUGACUUGUGAUGCAAAGAUACAAUUUCACAUUCAUUUGCGACCGUUGACAGUUCUUCUUUCCUUUGUUUAUAUCCUGGAGCUCAGAACAUCUUGACCUUAUCAAACCAGUACAAACCAGUUUUCACCCUUCUAUCCUCCAUCACCUCUAUCAACAUUAGUCUUCAUCAAACUCAAUGUAAAAAAGAAAACACCUUCAUCUUCCUAACCUUUGAGACACUCCUACAAAAGACCUUUGUUGUUAUUAUCUCGAUUCUGUAUGAAAUUAUAAAAAAUAAAUAUAAAAAUAUUCCCUUUAUUCCAAGCACUUUUAUUGUCAACUAUUCAAUAUACAUUUCUUUAGUAUUACAACAGCUCUCUUUUUUGUCUCUACCUAUGCAGCAAUAAUGUUGUCAUUUUCUUUGU